GACUCGCACGAUUGUAUGCGUCUGAUAUAAGGAGGCUGUCGAACCUGGGUAUUCGUCUGAACCAACGGUUUGAGGGCAUCUUCGAGGUUGUGAAGGAUCAGGAGGCAGCGGCCGAGACUUGGAAUGAUCGUAUGCGGGAGAGGGCUCGUGCGGAGGAAUCGACAUCCAGUAGCUCGGGUAGUCCGAAUGCUGGGGACCCUAGCA